UAAUAUGUGGGAGACACUGGACUUCAUGUUUCCAACAUAGGAACAGAACCAGGCUGGGAAUCUCCACUUCUGAGAGAAUGCUGGGAAUCUGCAGAGGGCGACGGAAAUUCCUGGCUGCUUCUCUGACUCUUCUUUUUGUUCCUGCUAUAACCUGGAUUUACCUGUUUGCUGGGAGCUUUGAAGAUGGGAAGCCAGUGUCACUGUCUCCAAUUGAAUCUCAGCCCCACAGCCCUCGUUACACAGCCACAAGUCAACGAGAAAGAGAGAGCCUGGAAGUACGCAUGCGGGAAGUGGAAGAGGAAAACCGGGCGCUUCGCAAACAGCUUAGUCUGGUGCAGAGCCGGAGCUUGUCCCAUCGUCGCGGCAACCACUCAAAAACUUACUCUAUGGAGGAGGGGACUGGCGACAGCGAGAGCCUGCGGGCUGGCAUCGUGGCGGGAAACAGCUCCGAGUGUGGACAACAGCCGGCAGUGGAGAAGUGUGAGACAAUCCAUGUCGCCAUUGUCUGUGCUGGAUACAAUGCCAGUCGGGACGUUGUCACGCUCGUCAAAUCAGUGCUAUUUCAUAGACGGAACCCUCUUCACUUCCACCUCAUUGCAGAUGCAAUUGCAAAACAGAUCCUGGCGACCCUCUUCCAGACGUGGAUGGUCCCUGCAGUUCAGAUAGACUUUUAUGAUGCAGAUGAGCUGAAGUCUGAAGUAUCCUGGAUACCCAACAAACAUUAUUCUGGGAUUUAUGGGCUGAUGAAGCUGGUUCUGACAAAGACUCUUCCUGCCAACCUUGAACGAGUCAUUGUACUUGACACAGACAUUACCUUUGCUACAGACAUUGCUGAGCUGUGGGCUGUCUUUCACAAGUUCAAAGGCCAACAAGUUCUUGGCUUGGUAGAGAAUCAGAGUGACUGGUACCUGGGAAACCUCUGGAAGAACCACCGCCCCUGGCCAGCUCUCGGAAGAGGCUACAACACAGGGGUCAUUCUGCUUCUUCUGGACAAAUUGCGCAAGAUGAAAUGGGAGCAGAUGUGGAGGCUCACGGCUGAAAGAGAGCUAAUGAGCAUGCUCUCUACUUCAUUGGCUGACCAGGAUAUCUUCAAUGCAGUCAUCAAACAGAAUCCCUUUCUGGUGUACCAGCUUCCUUGUUUCUGGAAUGUGCAAUUGUCUGACCACACCCGCUCUGAACAGUGCUACCGAGAUGUGUCUGAUCUAAAGGUGAUCCAUUGGAACUCACCCAAAAAGCUGAGAGUGAAGAACAAGCAUGUUGAGUUUUUCCGCAACCUCUACCUGACAUUCCUAGAGUAUGACGGGAACUUGUUGAGGCGGGAACUCUUCGGCUGCCCCAGUGAAGCUGACGUCAACAGUGAAAAUCUCCAGAAACAACUAUCUGAACUAGAUGAAGAUGACUUGUGCUAUGAAUUUCGGAGGGAGCGUUUCACUGUUCACCGGACUCACUUGUACUUUCUACACUAUGAGUAUGAGUCGGCCCCAGGCAACACAGACGUAACACUAGUGGCUCAGCUCUCAAUGGACAGACUCCAGAUGCUUGAAGCCAUCUGCAAACACUGGGAAGGACCUAUCAGCUUGGCCCUCUAUCUUUCCGAUGCAGAGGCCCAGCAGUUUCUGCGCUAUGCCCAAGGCUCUGAAGUCCUCAUGAGUCGCCACAACGUUGGAUACCACAUAGUAUACAAAGAGGGCCAGUUCUACCCGGUGAAUCUCCUGCGGAAUGUGGCGAUGAAACAUAUCAGCACGCCGUACAUGUUCCUAUCGGACAUUGACUUCUUGCCUAUGUAUGGACUCUACGAGUACCUCAGGAAAUCUGUUGUCCAGCUGGACUUGGCCAAUACAAAAAAGGCUCUCAUUGUCCCUGCCUUUGAGACCCUCCGCUAUCGCCUCUCUUUUCCUAAGUCAAAAGCAGAGCUGUUGUCUAUGUUGGACAUGGGAACCCUCUUCACAUUCAGGUACCACGUCUGGACAAAAGGGCACGCACCAACAAACUUUGCCAAGUGGCGAACGGCCACUACACCAUAUCGAGUUGAGUGGGAAGCCGACUUUGAGCCAUACGUUGUGGUAAGGCGGGACUGCCCGGAAUACGAUCGGAGGUUUGUUGGAUUUGGCUGGAACAAAGUAGCCCACAUCAUGGAACUGGAUGCCCAGGAGUAUGAAUUCACGGUGCUGCCCAACGCCUACAUGAUCCACAUGCCGCAUGCUCCUAGCUUCGACAUUACCAAAUUCCGCUCCAACAAGCAAUACCGUAUCUGUCUCAAGACCCUCAAGGAGGAGUUUCAGCAGGAUAUGUCACGCCGCUAUGGUUUUGCUGCACUGAAAUAUCUCACGGCAGAGAACAAUAGCUAGCACCACUGGGACUGUUGCAAAAAA